UUGAAGGCAGAGCUGAAGCAAUCGAUGAAGCUGACAAAAAAAGCUGAAACUCACUUCACAUUUGUGUGCAAACCAUCCGUAUCAGGACUUUUGGUGAGAAAGAAAGAACUGUUAAAAAAAAUUGUCACACUUUAGCGAAUUAAGAGAUAGAAAACAAACAACAUUUAUGUAAGUCACAACGAUGUGAUGCCAUUUUAGGCCCGUCAACAUGGAAGCAUGAGCAAAAACAUUGUUCUUGGCUCUGGAAAGGUUUCAAUGACCGUCCACACAAGGCAGAGAGGAUACAAACAAGGUGAGGCCCUCCGGGUCCGGCUUGAAAUUGAGAAUCUCUCAAGUCGUUUGGUCAAACCUAAGUUUGUACUUGACGAGAAGAAGAUCUACUUUGGCAUACACCGAAGUAAAAUUCAGAAACAUGAGAUACUGAAGGAAAAGGCAGAUGCAGUCGAAUCAUUCUCUGGCAAAACAACGGUAAUAAAGGAGAUCACCAUCCCUCGAGAGCUUUCCCCAUCCAUCUUGAACUGCUCCAUCAUCAAGCUAGAGUACAGAUUAAAGGUAUAUCUAGAAAUCACAUGUGAGGCAGACUUAGUGGUCAAACUCCCCAUUGUCAUCAUACCUGAGCUAUCGGAGGAGAAUCCUUCUGGACGUCCAAAUCAGCCAGCCUGGAUGUCACAACCAAUGGGUCUUCCACCUCCCUAUGAAGAAUAUGCAAUGUACCCUUCUUUUCCUUUUGGAGUUUAAAGAACUCAGAUUUUAAGACUUCCUUUAAAUGGGAAUGUUAUGGUUUUUGUAUGACACACCAGCAGCAGUUUUUUCCAACCUCAUCAGUGCCUGUGUUGUCUACAGCACAACUUGACAAAUUUGCUGCACGACUGAGCCAAAGAAAACAUGACUGAGAUUAUUUCCUUUAGAGAACACAACAGCUACUGCAGGCGACUUUAAUAUGAAUUCACAAGGUUUUCUUUUUAAAGAAAUGUCUAAAGUAUGUAAUGUAAUGUUCAUGAAAGGCUCUGUGAUGGGCUAGAAAUGUACACAGCCAGGGAGACCACACUCUAAGAAAUAAUCCUCUAAAUUUACAGUAACAUACUGGCAGCUAUAGACGCCAGAAGUUUACUGUAAAUGCACAGUAGCUGUACCGUAAUUAAUCCUGACAGUAAAUUACCGUCAAUGCACGUACGGUAUGGAUACUGUGAAAGAACGGUAAACUUCUGCUGUCUAUAGCUGCCAGUAGUUUACCAUUUUUUAAAAGAACGGUAAAAUACUGGCCUCUAUAGCAUCAUCAUUCAUCAUUUUAGCAUCUCUCAAAAGUGACCUCUUUAGGCUACUAUUUGAUUCAAGUAACCUUUUACCUCAAUUUAAACAUACUAUGCUCAUAUUUGUUUACAUUUUAAUUUUAUUUGAUCCCUUUUGAUCCCCAGUUUUAUUGAUUUCACUUGUUAUAACUAACUCUAUAUAGGCUGAAUAAUGUAUAUUUCGUUAAACUGCACUUUGGUCCAAUUUGUGUUGUUUCAAAUGUACUGUUAAUAAACUAAAAGUUGUAAUUUUUGAAUCUUUAAA